CUGCAUUUUUUUUGUUGUGAGAAUGGAGAUCAAUGCCUGAGCACGUCGCCAUAUUAUGCGAUACUUUUUUCGACGUCGUAGGUUGGCCAUGGAAGUCAAUGAUGAAUAAUGUGAUGUGUGUGAUUGUUGGAUUCAUUGAUUACCCAUAAGGAGUAUACGUUAGGAUGUGAAAUUUUGACAAGAGCAAGGAAAUAUGUUGAUCAAUUCGGAAAAUAAUGGGUGUAACCCGCAUGCAUAGUCCGAUCGCUUGUUUCACGAACGUGCGUGGAACCUGUCCAGGGGUCACGUGGUGUUGCUUCUCAUUACCGUCCAUGUUAUGAUUCUCAGUUUGCGAAACGUUCCGUUCGAACAUUCGUCAGUGCAACGUUGUUUUUAAUUUGACGUCUAAAGCUGAUCCUCUUGUCGGUCACUGAAGUCGGAAAACGAUACUCGUAAUAUUGAUGGAGACCACAUUCCCGGCCUAAGCGCGGGAAAUAGCUACGUUGGUCUGGUGUCUGUCACGUGUGGUAAUCGUUCGGCCUGGGCCUGGCCUCUGUUAUUGUUUCCAUUAUCGCCUGCCUCACCUGCGGCUUUUUUUGAUGGACUGAUGCAGUUAACGACGGGAGCGGGCUGAACAAACAUAUCUCUUGCAUUAUUUGUGUGUUUUAGUAUUACAACAUUUGUGCUAUUGUAAACAUAUGUUAUCCUAGUAUUUAAAAGAAAAAACAAUUUUUAUCUCGUUGGACGGGUCGACUUCGAAAGCUUAGUUUAAUUAGUCAUGUUCUCCAAUCAAUGGCAAGUGUGACGCCGUACAGUGGUGCCGUUCCCACGGUACCCUGUCCGUAUAGCGCUUCGCUUCCCGUCGCAUGUGGUCACAGUUCCCGCUGAGGCUAUGUAUGGCUGCAAUGGCUCCGGCACUGACUGAUGCCGCGGCUCAUACAGGCUCCUUCAAGUUGCCAGCUUCGCCUGCUAACCCGGGAAGCAGUGGUGGCCUGCAAGCAAAUCCAAAUCAGCCAACAAGCCCAGACUUGCCCUCAUUGGCAAAUGGUCAUUCUCCGGCAGUGCCCGGUGGUGUAGGCAAGCAUUAUUCUCCAGGUUCGACUCCCACCACUCGGUUGAGAAACCACGAGUCCACUGUAUCGCCAACUUGUUUCACCAUUCACACCCACUUUCUUGAGAAUAAUAAUCACAAGGGUGGAGAAACACUGACAAUUUCAGAGGGAAAAAAUUAUCAGGAAUUGCAAUCAAACCACUGUAACGGCCCAAUCAAAAACAAGUUAAAUUCAUUAAUUUCCACCAUCGGCUCAGACCUGGAUCUAAACCUAGAUCUACUCGCGAAUGGUGAAAAACAUUCACAGAAAAGCAUAUUGAAAACGAUGAAUGACUCUGCCGCACCCUUGGCACAGAAAGAGGUAGACCUAGACCUGUUGAAUGAUAAUCGCCCUUCUACUCCACCAACAUCCAAAAAAAUGCCGCCUCUAACAAUAUCAACUACUGGAAGUCCCAGUCCAACGGGUCCAAAACACUCUGUCGCUACUCACAUUGAAAAUAUCAAUAUUCGAGAUAAUGGUGAUAUCGAUGAGCAUGUGGAGCUUGAUACUAGCGAUACGUCGAGCAGUUCUCUAUCAAAUGACAUGGAUAGUUCAUUAAGUCUGUCACACUCUAAUGCACUGACAACAGAUACAAGUCUUGAACAAGCUGUUGAUGACUGUCUUGAUCCAAAGUCGGACAAUGAGAGCGACUCAGAUGAAAGUAGUGUGGAUCUUUCUGCCACUAUUGCAGAAAAAUGUAGUGGAGCAAGUAACAUUGUUGAAAAGGAGAAAUUCAAGUCUGUUAAUGUUGUUGAUAAGCUAGAAGUAGGUGGUGACAGGAAACCUAGAUUUAUGAAAGCAGAAGUGAAGCAGGUUGAAAAAUCUGUAUUCAAGGUUGUGAAUGAUAAUGACCAGAUGUCCGAGGGAAAGAAAGAAGCUAUCAUUUUGAUUCAUAAACAGUCGAAACAAGAACAUCGUGCAAAGUAUUUGAUGGAAAAGUUACGGAGAUUACAGACAUGUCACGUUGGAUCUCGGAUAUAUCAACAAAUAGGUUCCUUUGUAGAAUCAAAACAAUCCUGCAAAGAAGCUGCAAAUUCUGCUGGAAGUAGCAACAUUACUUGUGAAGAGUGCCGGAGGAAUCGUCUUCAGACGGGUAGUAGACCUGGCGUUCUUCCUAGAAGUAGUUCAAGUCAUAGCCAUACAUGUCCUCUACAUACAAACUCUUCUUCAGACCGGCAAAGACAUUCGAUAAGACCAUCAUGGUUACCAGCAGGAAAAAGAACUAAGCCAAGUACACAUAUCUCUCAGCACUUGCGAGAAGGGAAACAAGCAUAUCGUGAAGUGAAAUCUGUCACUGGAAGACUACGAGCAGGCCUUGGUCAUGUUGAAAGCACCAUAGAUUCAGACGUCACCGAUAGCAGCUCAGGUGGAGAAAGUUGUGAUGAAGGAGAUGACAGCUUACCACAAACCCAGGCAUCCCGUUCAUUUCACAAGAUGCCUCUUCACAGAAGAGCAUCAUGGAAAUGGGCAAUAGAUAGGUCAGCUAUUGCAACCAGAUGGACUUGGCUUCAAGCUCAGGUUUCAGAUCUGGAGUAUCGCAUCAGGCAACAAAGUGACAUUUUCCGUCAGAUUCGGGCUUCAAAGGGAGCGGUAACAUUAGGAGAACCUCCAUCACCAGAAGACUAUCUCCGAGCUCAGGCUUUGGCUCACAGGACAGGUAGAAAGUUAUCACCUCUUGAAACAAAGAUAGUAAUGUUGGAAGGAUCACACUCUAUGUCCCCUUCGAAUCUGUCAAGUUUACUCAGUAAUGUAGACAAACAAAGUGCAAAAUUAAAGCAAAGUCUUCAGAACUGCAUUUCACCGACAUCAACACCAUCAUCGUGUUCAGAGAAAACAUCACCAGCUAGACCUAUGAAUGGCCUAACGGACAGUGCAACAACAGUUGCAUCACCAUCUCGAUGCGGUAUGAACAGUUCUCCAAGCUACCCUGGGAUUGUAGGAUUAGACCAAGUUGUAGGUUCUCCAAUUCCUGUAGAAGAACAGUACUGUGCAAGGACAAGACCUGUGAGAUCAUUCCGAAAACGAAAACUCAUCCGAUCUGCAGGUCUAUAUCAAGUAUGUAGCAAGUCUCAGAAGCUGUCCUCCGUUCAUUGUGGUUGCUUUCCUCCUCGUACCCCUUGUGUGAUGUGUGGCGGUCAGUUUAACAAUCUUGAACAGCAUGAUGCAGACCAAAUUCCAUCAGAUGAGAGGGUGGCCAGCCUCGAGUAUGCAUUCCAUUCUGUGUUGUCUUUCCCUGAAGAAAUUCCAUUGUCACUGCAGUUAGAAUCCCUACUGAAGAGUGGAGCAUGGCAAAGGAAACAUUCAUCCAGAUACCUAGGAAAGAAGAAACAUAACAGGUUGCCAAACAGAUCCCGAGUCAAGUUGCAUACCAAAGAUGGCAGACUCAAGAAGUUCCGUAAGAAAGAGAAACAUCAAAAGCAAUUGACUGUCAGAUCAAGUGGAGACUCUUCAAGAAAAAGAGAGCCAGUAGUCAAGAAAGAGACAAGGAGCAAAGAUACUCUUGUUGAGAAUAAAGUUGAAAAAGAAUUAGGAUCAGCAAAUGAGGACGAUGAGGAUGAUGCUGCGAAGUCGAGGAAACUUUUGCAACGAUUGGCAAGACAGAAGUUGAAAGCCCUUCGUCAUGCCAGAAGUGAUAAAAUACUAUCACGUUCCCGAUCCCAGCCAAGUUCUAUUCCUGGUACACCAAAGAAUUUCAUGAAAAGCUCAGACUUAAGACAAUGUCGAACUGAUACCAAGAAUCGGCGCACCUCUGAUUUAGCAAAUGCUGCAUUGGAGAAGAGUAGAGAGAGGAGCUUUUCGCUGCCCAACAUUGAAGUUGGAGACCACAACUCUGCACCAACUACCCCUGCAUCAAAUGAAGCAAGGUCACCUACCCAUCAUCUUUCUCAUUCACUUCCUUCUGCAUCUCUUCAUGGUAUUUUGCGAAACAAAAAGGGGAUGGUGGAAUCUUACGACAUUGACAACAUCGUGAUCCCAUACUCUAUGCUUGCAUCAACAAGGGUGGUUAAGCUGAACUACAAGGAGAUAGAUACACCCAAGUGGAGAGAACUGGAUAUGGAGGAAUUCAUGUCUAACAACUGCCAUGCACAUUUAGAGAAUGAAGGCAAAAGUGAGGAUGAAGAGGAAUUUUUUGAGGAAAACCUUUCAGAUUCUGAGUUUCUUGAACGCCACGAGUCUUGUGAAUGCCUGGAGAAGCAGAAGUUUAUGGUGAGCUUUGUGGAUCAGGGCAUACCUGGCCGAAGAUCAAGACGUUCAAGGCACAGUAGCAUAGGCAGUGCUCCAGACCCCCUCUCUCCAGAUCUUCAUGUAGACCAGUUAUCAACAGAUAGGCAAUCCUCAACAUCAUCUCCAACACCAAGUCCUUCUCCAAUUACAACUCCUGAUCAACUAUCAAGCAGUACCACCAGCAGUAAUGUCUUCAACCUCAGUGGAAGUCGGUCACUGCGUUUUAGUGCCUUAGACCGUCGCAGAUCAUCAAGUAUGAGUGAAGUGCAAACACCGAAGCAUGUUGAAACCCCUACCCCACCAUCAACUCCUACCCCUAUGAACGCUGACUUGACUUGGGUAAAGAGAGAAUUUCCCUUGAAUAACAUUGAAAUGGAAGAGAUAGCCUCUUAUCCAUAUCCAGAAUCAGAACCCUCCACUCGUCCAAGCUCUCGUGCAAGCAAUGCCACUCACCCAGAGAGUGUGUUAUCAAGGACAGAUUCACAGGAGAUGAAUUUUUACAUGUCAGAUGGAGAUAAUUCAGAAACUGAACCAAUGGAAGUGGAUGAUCCAAAUGAUCCAGAAUGGACAGUUGUUGAAGAUCGGCAUCGGCCAAAAAAGCCAGAAGGCACAACUGUGAGUGAGGGCUUAGUUCUAAAGCUUGCCAAAAGGUGAAAGAGGGUAGACUAAUAAUAAAUGGAUGAAUGGUGUUAAUAGUUUGAGAAUCAUGGAGGCGAUGAUAUCAUAUUUUGAGUUUAGGUAUUGAAAUGUGAACAAAAAAAGAUCUCUUUCCAUAAGAUCUUAUGAUCAGGGUUUGAGCAGGUUUAUGUAGUAAAUUUUGAAUUCAGUCAAAGGAACAGGUAAAUUGAAACCUGCAUUGUGCAACUGAAAUGAUGACCAGGAAGUAGGUUGUAUUUGUUUUGAGAUCCCACUUCAAGGAGAAAGGGCCAAUGUAAAGUUCCAAGUUCAAGCAGAUACUACAGUAACAGACCUACCAACCAGUACGUUUUUGCAACUAAAAUAAGUAAUUUAUUGAGAACAAUCAUCUCUACAGUGCCUAUCAAGAAAAAAGUUUACACUUUGAAAAGGCCCUGGGAAUUAAAAAUACAACAUGUUGGUAAUUUUUUCACAUAUAUUCUUAGGUUUGGGUCUCAUCUAU